ACUGAAUAGUCUCAUCUUGAUGCCCUCUAGUCUCAUUGCCUUCUUCCCUCCAUCUCUUCUCCUUUCUCCAUCCCUCGCUCUCUCGGAACCCCUCACAUACUGACCUGCGGGGAGAUCGGAGGGAGAUCAUGCUGUCUGUACUGGCACUGACGUCCGUGGUGCUCUUGGGCAUAGCCUCUCAGACCACGGCUAUAGUUGUGUACACAAGCUGGGAGAGACAUGCGCUGGUGGGCACAGAUGUCAGACUCUCCUGCUCUUUCUUCUCUUGGAAAUGGACUUCUCCAGACGUAACCUUCUCAUGGCACUACCGUUCAGAUGGGGCAAGAGACAGCAUCGCUAUUUUCCACUACACAGGCGGAGUACCCUAUGUGGAUAACAAAGGCCCGUUCCGGGACCGUCUGGAAUUUGUGGGGAACCCCAGUCGCCGCGAUGGUUCUAUCCUGAUCAAGAACGUCGACAUUGCAGACAACGGAACCUUCACCUGUGAUGCCAAGAACCCACCUGACAUUGCUGGCAGCCCCUCUAACGUUCGACUGCUUGUGUUUGAGAAUGUUCCAGUCCAGGCUGGUGUGAUAACAGGGGCUAUUAUUGGCGUAGUGUUGGGACUGCUGAUCCUCAUUGUGGCAAUUUACUAUCUGAUGCGUUUCCUGGUCGCCAGACGAGUGUUCAGCUUGAGCAUGAGUAAACAUGGCAAGAAAGGCAAAGGAAAAGAAGGAUCACAGCAAAAACAGGCCGGCCCCCUAAAGUAGCCUCCCUCCCCAUCCUUCUUUUACUGAAAGCUAAAUAUAGCACUAGUUUUUUUUUUUAGUCAUGGAAACAAACACACUUCCUCACUGUUAAAAUUUAAUUUCAGUCACAUAAAAUUUGUUCACAUUUCAUCCAACACACACUAACACUCAUGGCGUCAUCUCAUGUAUCCCAUCAAGCAAUUUUAAGUGCUAUCACAAUAGGGUUUUUUUGACAGGAAUUUGAAUCUGACUUAGAGUUGUGGUGUGUUUUUGCUCUGACUGCAGUGACUGAAAUACCCAAAAUGACGUUGAUACUGUUGGCAGAGACAUUCAAACACACACGCUGUGUGAGAGUUACUUGAUACUCUAAGUCAAAUUCUCACGUCUGUCCGCAUAAGCUGUUGUCUGACAAACAGCUGAUUAUUUUAACACUCUCUUGUAACUGGAGAACUAUCUAUGUCUUCCUUCUGUCCAGUGAGGGCCGGCUCCUACAGUUGCACUUUUUCCCCAAACAUCUCCACACAUAUCAUUGGCAAGGCCCAUCGCUCCAACCAGAGUCAUAGUUUUACUUCUCCUCUCUCUAAUCCUCCUCUAACUAUCAUGAAUACUCAUCCACCACCACCUCUUCUCAUCCCCUGUUUCUGCUGGUAAGAAUACCCAAGUGCUCUCUCCUGCCCCCCUGCUGCCCACAGGAGAAAACAUUUUCAUUCGGCCGUACUGUCGCAAAGAUGUCAAUGCAAAAAAUGGAAGUUCUUUUAGCUAGCUCUCUGCUGACUACGAUAGAUGCGUGUUUUUCACGAUUUUUGCAUGUGUGUUUUAAGUCUGACGAUAUGUCUGUAACCUGUCAACGUGUUUGGGGAACAAAACGACAUAAAAACAACAUUCGUCACGUCAUCGUUAGUAAUGACAAGCUGUGCAGCAGCACCCUGGGACUGUUUGUGUGUUGGAAGCAAAUGUAAUAGAGUUUAAUGAUGUUUAAUAAUAUUUCUACACUUUCAUUUGACUGACAUGGCAGAUUUCAUGUGGUUGUUUCUUCAUGACAGUGUUUACCAUCGGGACGUUGGCAUGUUAAGGCUACGGGAAGUGAUGCUAUGAGGGUGGACAGUUUUUUGGAAGUUUUUGAGAGAGAAAUAAAUUAUAAAAUACUGGGAUGAAGACUUGGACUGAACUCAUAUUCAGGUGAAAAGUCAUGCCAAAGUACAAUAAACAUCUCAGUCUCACAGGAUAUGUUUUUCUGUUCAAGUCUUCAUGUCUAUGCAUGUCAGCCCCAAACCAUGCAUGGUCUCUCAGUGGGAAUGCUAGGAAAAGCUAUAGAAUUGCAAGGGCUUGUGGGAAAUAUGUUUGUUAGCCUACAGACAGAUGCUUUUUAUGCAUCUCAGAGUAAAUGUCGAGCAGCCACAUGGUACCUGCCAUUAAACUGUGUUUAAAUAUUGGGGAAUUCCCAUGUUGUAUGUAUUGGGCACCUGUAUUGGUACAGGUCUAGGUAACCGUUCUUUCUUGAAACUCCAUUAAAAAGUCUAAUUAUUUUGUACCUUUAUUUUGGCUUUAACACAGCUAACUUUGGUUUUCUGUAAAAUGUCUUGUAAAAAGAAAAAUCUCAAGUUUAAAUAAUUUCAGAAAAACGUCAAUAAAAAAAUCAGAUCCCUUAUGUGUUUUUGUGUGCACUGAAAGAAUCACCUGAAUAACCAUCAGUGAUGCAGAUGAGUAAAUAACUCUAUAAAGUAUGGUUUAGAUGUAGACUAAAAGAUACAUGUAUUAAUGUAAGAACUGCAUAACUG